AUGAUCCGGGUUGACCAUUCAUGAUCCACCGGCCACUUGCCGCCACUGGUUGGGUGCAGAUCUGAACUUUUGCGUGCUUUGGUUUCCCAACUUCGCUUUCGCUUGUCAUUUGGUUUGGUUGAUCGUCGUCACCUUUUCUUUCUUUCUUCUCAUAUCUCUUGAUAGUAUAUGUACAUAUUUUUGCGCUGCAAUCGCACGUCUACAGUGUCUGACAUGCGCUAAAGAUCCGAACGACCGAGACUUUUACUUAUGUCCAUUUCAUAUAAGCUUUACAUGGUCAGCCUGACAUGACGCUUGGCCGGUCGGCUUUGAUCAAUGCCCUCUCCGCCCAGCGACACAGUCCAGGGUCGAGAUGACCACAUAGCAGCACGCGCAAAGCACUUUCGCGAUGUCUCUCUGGACGAAGCCAUCAGUGACACUGAAGACGUCGAGAAACCAUUGAAUCCAGAUGGCUUCGAUGCGCCCACUGGCAGGGCAUCUGCCAAGGUACCUCCAAGACCCAGCCUUGCACCAGGAAUCUCCAUUCUUGCUCGGCGUCCUUCAUAUAUCGACGAUGAAGAUGAUCCCAUAGCAUUGGCAACAACAGCGAAGGUUGGACCGAACCAGUCCCACAAAGACGAGCCUGUGACAUGGAUGUCACUCCCCAAGAAGGGUCAGUUGGCGGUUUUGACCAUCGCACGACUCUCGGAGCCUCUCAGCGAACGUUCCUUGGCAGCCUAUAUGUUCUAUCAACUACGCUCUUUUAACCCCGAUGCUUCGGACAGCAAGAUCACAAGCCAGGGAGGUAUGCUGACAGCUUCAUUUGCUGCAGCCCAAUUCCUCACUGCCGUAUGGUGGGGACGCGCUGCCGAUACACCAUGGAUCGGCCGAAAGAGAGUUCUUCUAAUUGGACUGCUUGGUACCUGCAUCUCCUCCAUUGGCGUCGGCUUCUCGAAAUCUUUCGCCCAAGCACUCUUCUUUCGCGCGUGUGCUGGAUGCCUCAAUGGAAAUGUUGGUGUCAUGAGGACCAUGAUCUCCGAGAUCAUCAAAGAAAAGAAAUAUCAGUCCCGAGCGUUUCUCUUACUACCAAUGUGUUUCAACAUCGGUGUGGUGAUCGGUCCGAUCCUAGGAGGCUUCCUUGCAGAUCCAGUCACCUCGUUUCCGAAUGUCUUUGGCCCAGGGUCAUCACUAGGUGGAAAUAAUGGCGUGGGGUGGAUGACAACAUUCCCGUAUGCACUACCGAACGUCGUCAGCGCUUGUAUCAUCCUCAGCGCUGCGCUCUGGUUGAUUUUAGGCCUCGACGAGACUCAUCCGGCAUCAAGCAACAAACCUGAUCGUGGCCGCAUGUUGGGCAAAUUUCUCGUUCGACAUCUCUUCCGCCGUGGCCAAAGCGAUUCCCAAGAUUAUGAAUAUACCGAGUUAUCCAAUCAAGUCGAGUUACAAGAGAUUGUCGACGCUCAAGACGGCGAGCAUUCUCCAAGAAACAGAGACAACGAUCCCGAAACACCUACGGUCACGAAACCUGCAGAUCCAAGCCCUGCAAAACUGCCAUUCCGUAAGAUCUUCCGCAAGAAUGUCGUCCUGACACUUCUUUGCCAUCACCUGCUCGCCCUGCACCUAUCAGCGUUCAACGCUUUGAUCUUCUUGUUCCUUCCUGCGCCACGGUCCAACAACGAGAAUGCACACCUCCCAUUCCAAUUCACUGGUGGCAUGGGCCUCAACACCAGCAAGGUCGGCCUGGCGACAGCGAUCAUCGGCGUGAUCGGCUUUCCGUUACAGGUGCUGGCGUACCCAACUAUCAACUCCAAGUUGGGUACGCUGUCGAGCUAUAAGGUCUUCUUGCCAUUCUCAAUCCUGGCAUAUUUCCUGACUCCGUACCUCGCCCUCCUACCUAACAAGCCAUUUCUGGUUUGGCCGGCAUUGGCAGUGACUCUCGCACUUCAAGUCAUCUCGAGGACGUUUGCCUUACCAGGGUCGACAAUCCUUGUCAAUAAUUGCACGCCGCAUCCCAGUGUGUUGGGUACGAUCCAUGGCUUCGCUCAGAGUAUCUCGUCCGGAGCCCGUACCGUUGGCCCUACACUUGGUGGCUGGCUGUUGGGCGUCGGUCUGAAUAAGAAUUGUGUCGGUGUUGUCUGGUGGGGAAUUGCCGGUGUCGCGGCACUGAAUUGGAUGUUGUUAUGGGCUGUACAUGAAGGGGACGCCGGCGCCAGUGCUGUGGGCGUCAAGUGAUGCGGCGGGUGUCCUCCGCCAUCCAAGACGUUAUGCUAAGGUCAUGAAGGAUGCCCAAUUACUACAUCAGGUGU